GCCGCAGGUCAUUACCUAUUAUUGACAUUUUGAAAGCCUAGUACUCAAAUGGUAGUCUGUCUAUAUGUUGCAAUGAAUUAUAUGGUUCUUUGUUUUGCUCUGCAUUGGCAAUAGUGUAAAUGCUUGUUUCUGUUAUCUUGUGUAAUACAAACACUGUAUCAGAUCAUAUUAGAAAACAUUUGACAGGUCUUGGAGCUGCCAUUAGCUGUGAGAAUUUCCUUUCAUGUCCAUGAUGUUAGAAGUUCCAGGUACAUGUUCCUAACAAGUUCCAUUCUUGCUGGUGGCGCUUUAUUUCUAAAUUUGAUGCACCCAAAGCUUCAUUUACAUGAAAUAUUGGUUGCCUUUCAUUAAUUGCCAGUCUAGAAGCUGAACAAACAUUGCUAAACCCAUUUAAAGCCAAUGAUUAUCGACGUUCCUUUUGUUAUAGUUGGAAAAGAAGCUGCCAUGAUUGAUGUUUAUGAUCUUGGUUGUGCUCUCUGCUUAAAUUGCUAAACUGAGACCGUCUUUUUAGGCAUCAUUAAAGCAAAUUAUGUCAACCAGUGGAUGAUAUGAUGAAAAGACUAACAGUAACAGGUUUGAUCUUUAACCCUUUAGUCAAGGUGAAACUAAAAUGUCUAUACAAGGUGGUUGGGUAGACUUGUCAAUUCCAGUAUGUCUCACAGUUAAUAUUUAAAGUAUUAUAUUUUUAUACAUAUAAAUUUGUGUUACAAAUAUUUAUGUUGGUAUUAUUGGAUUUCGAUGAUAACGGGCAGUGGUGGUUUAGUUACCAGACAACCAAAUUAUUGAGCUUUGGUUGGUGGGUUCAUGAAUAGUCUCAGGGACUGUAUCAUUAUAAUUUUAUAAAAGGAGAAAUAGGGGUCCUCGCAUGACUGCCGAAAUGAUUGGAGGCCAUGUGAUUUCCAGGAUAAGGAUUAGUAGUUUAUUAACUACAUAUUAGCCACCGAAUUUAACCCAGGUUAGCAUUCUUAUUUUCAGUCCAAUAUUUAUAUCAUAGGAAAGGACCGAUUUUAAUUUUUGUUAAGUGUCAACUUAUAAUAUGAAUACAUAAAUGUUUCAAAUUAUAUGAAUUAUUAAUAUAAAAUAUGGAUAUUAAAAUGCCGAAAAAAAAGGAAUAUUUUCUUACAAAGAUGCGUCAUUGCAUUGUAGAUAUGAUGGCCCUCUUCCUUGCCUUGAGAUACAAGUGCUUAUGAGGAAAAUGAUGCCCCCUUUUCUUUAUCUGCUUAAAACCAAAUCCUACCUUUUAGUUUACUUCACAUGAAAGGAAAAAAAACCCAAAUUUCGUUGAUCAAAAGGAUAAUAUUAGGUUAAAUUAAAUAUAGGGUCCGAAAUUGUUAAAGAGUAUUUUAUUCAAAUUGGUCCAUUUAAUUUAUCACCUUACUUCAAUUAAUCUCUCAUUUUAUAUAUAAAUUGAUACGAAAUUAUAUUGCAGAUAUGAACACUAAACGCAGCAUGUAAAAAACAGAACAUAAUCCUGUAUGAAAAAUUACAUUAUUUUAACACAGACAUGAAUGUUUUAAAUUAUGUAUAUAAUAGAAUUACUAAUAUAUCAAUAUUUUUACUUGUACCAAAAAUAAGAUGCUUUAUAAUACAAUAUAAUACACAAAUUAUCACGUUUAUUAUGUCGGAAAAGAACAAAAAUAAAGGAAGAAAACAAAGGAAAUUACUACUAUUGAAAAGAAAGGCAUAAUUUAUUAUAAAAAAAAUAAAAACACCAAAAAUGAAUGUUUCCUUCUUCAGCAAGUAUUCAAUAGCUUUUCUAUUUUCUAUUUCAUUCAUUCUUGGAAGAAUGCAUAAAAUAUAUAUAUAUAUAAAAAAAAAGAAAGACAAAAAUUACAUUUUAUUUCUUAAAAACUACAUAUGAAAUCCGAUCAAUGCAUGAGCAUGGACAAGAUCUGAUACAUGCUCCCAACAUCUUCUCAUCAAACUCAAUGCUCCUUCACUAUCAAUCGAACAAUCUCAGCCGUUGAUCUUCCCCUUCCCUGAUCCAGAUCCAUGACCCUUAUGUCCUUCAUAUCUAGGGUUUCUAUUCCCAACGCGACUUUCACCACCCCGCCACCACCAUGUCUUCCAAGAUCAACGGCCACGUUUCGCCUCAGCCGUGUCCUCACCUCCUCGUCUUCCGUUCCCGCAACGGCCCCAAGCCCUUUCGCGCCCUACAGGAUUGUAUCCGCGUCAAGCCGCCCGGCGGUCGCGCCGCCAUAAGGAGGGAACCUACUGAGGUCCCACGAUGCGGCACGUGCGAGGAAUCUUCCCGUUCGAGACUCUACGCGUGCGUCGCAUGUGCCGCAGUGUUCUGCCACGCGCCUCUUCUUCACUCCCACGCGUCUGAUCACUCGCUUUCCAUCCCCGGUCAUGAGAUCGCCGUUGACGUCGACAGAGCUGAGCUAUUUUGCUGUGCGUGCGGUGACCAGGUAUACGAUCGCGACUUCGACGCUGCCGUCGUCCUCGCACAGACUGUCAACGCUACCGCAACCACCUCCACUUCCGGAUCCACCGCAAUGCAGUGCAGCGUUGCUGGAUCUCAACCGGAGAAUCUACGAAAGCGCCGUCGAGUAGAUUAUCGUCCGUGGGAGCCAGAUUCAGGAGAACACAUUUCCAGGGGAAAUCAGUCGAUCCCUCUUCUGGACGCGACGAAUGCCUCAUUGGUUUCGUCAACACAACAACCUUGGGGAUUUCGUGGAUUGAAUAAUUUGGGGAAUACCUGCUUUAUGAAUUCAAUAUUACAAGCGUUGCUCCAUACGCCGCCGUUGCGAAACUAUUUCUUAGGCGAUCGACACAAUAGAUAUUAUUGUCAGCAAAAAAAUGGUGCUAUUAAUGGCACUAAAAAUUCAAGAUUGUGUUUGGCUUGUGACAUGGACGCGCUAUUCUCGGCUGUUUUCUCGGGGGAUCGGACUCCUUAUAGUCCAGCUAAGUUCUUGUACAGUUGGUGGCAACAUGCGGCAAAUUUGGCUAGUUAUGAGCAGCAGGAUGCCCAUGAAUUUUUCAUUUCCAUGCUUGAGGGAAUUCAUGAAAAGGUGGAGAAAGAUAAAAGGAAGUCCCAAAGUCCAGGCAGUGGAGAUUGUUGCAUUGCACAUAGAGUAUUUUCUGGUAUUUUGAGGUCGGAUGUCAUGUGUAUGGUUUGUGGUUUCACAUCCACAACAUAUGACCCAUGUGUAGACAUCUCCCUGGACUUGGAACCAAACCAAGGAGGUUCUGGGAAGUCUUCAUCUGCAAAAUCCCUUAAUUCUUUCAAUUUUGAGGCAGACUGCAUGCGUCCGAAUCAAAACUGUGGGAUAUCUACCUUAAAGGGUUGCUUAGAACGAUUUACGAGAGCUGAAAAGUUGGGGUCUGACCAGAAACUUUUCUGCCAAAAGUGUCAGGUGAGGCAAGAGUCCCUUAAGCAGAUGUCCAUAAGAAAGCUUCCCCUGGUUUCAUGCUUUCAUGUUAAAAGAUUUGAACAUUCAUCAAUACGAAAGAUGUCAAGGAAGGUUGACAGGUAUCUGCAGUUCCCAUUUUCAUUGGACAUGGCUCCUUAUCUUUCUUCUUCCAUUUUGAGGAGUCGAUUUGGAAACAGGAUUUUUCCUUUUGAUGGAGAUGAACAAGAUGCAUCCAAUGACUUGUCAACUGAAUUUGAGUUGUUUGCUGUUGUGACGCACUCAGGCAGAUUAGAUGCCGGCCAUUACGUGACUUAUUUGCGAUUAAGUAACCAAUGGUACAAGUGUGAUGAUGCAUGGAUUACUCAAGUUAAUGAGAGCAUCGUGAGAGCUGCACAAGGAUACAUGAUGUUUUAUGUACAGAAGGUGCUAUAUUAUAAAGAAAGUGAAAACCAAGGCACAUCAUGAUAUUGAUGAGAGAUAAGAAUUUGGUUGUUUGAUUCAAAUCAUGCAAAGGCAUAAGGUGGUCUACAUCAUUUGAGAUUGUGAUUAAAUAUGGGCUAGUUUCGUAUACGAGGAAAACAAGUUGGGCCAGGUUGGUCAAAGUUGGGGACGGCUUGCUCUAUCAGUGCACUUCGAGGGAUAAUUUAUAAUACUCGAUUGGAGUGUUAAGUGAGCCUAAAUUUUUGAGGCACUCCAAAUAUUCAGGAAAAUCAAGUUUAUGAGGUAUUGAUUCCUUAAAUUGAUUUCUGAAUUUCAUAUUAAGUGUUGGCCUAUUGAUUCUUUUAUAUAUAUAUAUAUAUAUACCUUUGACCCUCUCAAAGGAUCCGCUGAGAGUUAUAGUUUACUAAUUGUUUCUCACAUGGAAUACCAUGAGACUGGAGUGCAAUUUUCCUUUUUUUGUCAUAGAGGCCAAGGUUCAUUUUGUUACUCGGAAAGCACUCAAUACAAAAGCCUGAUUGUUGAUCUAAUAUUUGUGUCUAUUAUGAACUCUGUAAAAAUACAAGCAGGCAAUAAAAUAUUUUAAGUUAAAUCUAAAACCCUAGAAGGUUGAUAAACUGUAAAGCAUAAUCACAUUAAUUUAAAUAUCAAAAUGUUCCUUCUUUGGAUGGUCAA